AGAUUCAGGUUAAUUGAUAAACAUGGCCGGUCAAUAUUUAUUGUUCUGACAUCGUUAAUUUUACGUGUUUUCUGUGAAAUAUUUCAUUUUGAUUGCGCUUUUUUGCGGCUAGGAAUGAAUGGCGAUGCCAGUUAUGGAACUUGUACCAGUCUAUAGGGCGGAUCAGCCGUUGAAAGACGGGAAAAAUCGGCAUAGCUUCAGAGCAGUAAGAUCAUCUUGGUCGUCAAUCAAUCAGUUUGCAUUUAGCAGUCAAGGCUUAGCAGGAGAGCUUACAGCCAGCAAAAGUUCAAAUGAGGAACAUUAUUUCCAUAUUGUUGAUCCAAAUAAACCAUGGGAUUUAUUCAGCAUGGUCUCAGGUCACUCAGAUACAAUCACAGAUUUGCAGUGGAAUUCGUCCGGGACAAACCUUCUCUCUGUUGAUAACAGUGGAGUCUUUAAGUUAUGGGGAAUGAAGAACUGUUUAAUCAAUGACUGGGAAUGCAAGAGAACUGUCUCUGUUGAAGAGAAGAUAAUUUGUAUGUCUUGGCUCGGGAGUUCUGCUAAGUAUUUAUUUGGUGAUGUACCAAGAGAUCUUAACCAACUAAUGGCGUCAGGGAAUUCGCAAAGUUUUCCAAGGAAUAAAGCCAAACACCCUUUAACGAAUGCCUGUGGAAUAACAAAUGAUGGUUGGAUAGCUGUAACAGAGACUGGCAAAGUGUAUUUUGUGAGUGUAAAUUCUGAUAUUCCUAUGGCGAAAGCUCAGAUUGAUACAGACCUCAUGGGGAUUCAGGUUGCUGAUAUAUCUUUUUCAAAUGAUGGCCGCAUUAUUGUUGGUCUAGCGGAUGGUUUGGUGGGAUCCGUAGCAAGGUUUUAUAAAGUAACUCUGUGCUGUACAUCAAGCAAUACCGUAAAUAUCACUUGUACUGCUCUGCAAACUUUAUCCCCGUAUUCAAACAAGUCGGCCCAUCCUUAUGCAAUUACUCACAUCAAAUUUGUCUACAAGAACUCGGGCGCGCAUGUGUUCAUAUGCAGUAAAGGUCUUCUUGAAUCUUACAUCGAAAGAUGGCAGCUGACGAUUGAAGCACAACAGCUUCACGAACUUUGUCAAAAACAACAACCACAUAAACACCCUCCGCCAAUAAAGACUUGGAUUUUUCUUUCCCACCACGUUGUACGGAAACACAUCGCUAGCGUUGCGGUCCCUUGGUUACCUGUGGAUCCGGAGAAAAAUCUAAGCUCGACCCAGUACCCGAGACACAAUUUAAUUCUCGGCUUUGCUGACGGUCAUAUCCGAGCAUUGAAUAGUUUAAAUCUAUCCAGCGAAGGAGAGUUAACUAACCUUGAUCAUUUCCCAUCAUCCUACCAUCAAGCCAAACGACUCAAGACGUCUUUCAGUGGACACACGGAUGCUUUCCUAUCGCUCCAUCUCUCCCCGUCCUCCUGUUGCCUCAUGGGUAUUACUGGCAGUGGUUCUUUGUAUCUAUUAAAAUGCGAGCAAAACGCAGCUGUAAGUCAUAUUCACAACUCGGUUGCGUUAGAAAAUUUACUCAAGUAUUCUAUGAUGUCUGGUUGGGAUAUCUGGGACGUGAUGGUCGUAUUGAAACACCAGCACGAUGACAUACUGGAUGCCACAUUAAAAUUGUUGGAACAAGACUACAAGACCUUACCACAAUCUCAAAUCAACAGAAAAUUUCUGUCCAUCAAAGCAAAUUUAUUAAGUUUGUACCGAGACUCACCAACAAAAGUCAUGGAUUGUUAUUCGAAGCAAUUUCUUCUGGCUCUCAGCAAUUUCUUCAAAUCUCUGGUUCCAAUCGGAGCUGAAAAGUUAGCAGGCAUCUGUGAACAAGCCGUCGAAAUUGACCCCGAAACUGUGUUUCAAAAUUUAGAUUUAAAGGAAUUCGAAAUUGAUCUUGGUGUUUUAAAAACUUUGGGUCCUUUAUGCCAAUGGCUUGCUGAUUUUACGCUCUCGUUUUUCGGUAUUCUCCUCGUAAAACAAGGCCAGGAAGCCAUGCCUGGGGCUUCGCUUCUUCGCGACAACAUUUGUAUUUUAUUAUUAAAACAACUUCUGCUUUUGGUGCUAAUAUGGUCGAAACAGUCCGCCGUUAUUUUACCAUAUUGUAUUGGAUCUAUUGAAAAACACGAGUAUGUGGUACAAUUGUUCAAGCUCGUUUCCAGGCUCUGGCUGUGCAACCACCAGAAAGUGGACAUAGGAGAAAUCGAAAAUUCAGUUACAGAUUUGGAGUCAUACUUUUCAAACCAUUUAAAUUUCUUAUAUCAAUCUAUGUUGAUGACUCCUACCAACCAAGGAAUAACCGGUAAGCAAGCGUACCUAAAACCGGACGAACCGGACGUGUACGAGUUUGGCGAUAAACCACGUGACCGAAUGUUGCCGCUGCGGCUGCUGACCACUCAGUACAGCGGCCAUGUUGAUGUCGUGACCAAACAGUUUCUUGGCAACGCAAGCGACAGAAAACUUCGACAGUGUACAAAGUGCGAGGGUAUCUCCUUACUGACGCAUACGGUUGAAAGUCAAGCAGAGAACGCCUGGGAACGAAAGUGGACGGCGUCGUGUGUAUGUGGUGGGGCAUGGAAGCGAGUGCAACCUGGUUGAAAAGACGUGAAGCUGGUCACGUGAUACAAUGAACCUAUCAGAAACGUCUCUCCCUCAAAACGGCGCGAAAAUGUUGACAACAAGCAUGAAAAACGCGGCAGUAAUUUUCC